UAUCGGUACGGAGAUUAUUAAUACACAUAUUCGUGGGGAAGAUACAUGUUUAGUUUCUUUCUUGUUCCCAUUAGUAAGUUCUACUCUUAUCAAAACGUUUUCCCCAAAGUUCCCGUUAAUACAAAACUUAAUAGUAGACUCAUGCCUUGGUUCCUCACAACAACCUAAAAAACCAUCGUUCCUUUAAAAAAAUAAAUGAUGCCAUUUACUUGUUUCCCAAAAGCCCCUGGAAACCAACUAAAACAAAAACGGAACAUUUCAAAUUUGUCAACGUUCUUAUUAAUCAGUUCAAAUAUGUACACAUUUAUUGGAACCAUUAAAUCUCAAACUGUUUGAAAAUAAAAUUAUUACAAAUACGUGAAACUAGAACUUCCAAAACUUCUCAUUAAGAUAUAGAGGGCCAAGCAAGGGAGAAACAUUGUGAAUAUUAAGACAAAAAUAACGCCAAACACUCUGGACAUGCAGGUAAACACAUUGCUUGUAUUUCUGGUGUAACAGUUCUCAAUUAGGGAAACUAAACGUGUAUCUUCCCCUCGGAGAACCUCACGACUGUGUAUUAAUAAUCUCCGUACCAACACAUAGUACCCAGUAGCAAAGAACUGAAUUGCUGUGAUACCUCACUGGCUGUACUAACUUAAUAAAGGUAAAGGUAAGUGAAUGUUUUGAUCAGGUUUGUUUUUUGUUUAUGUCAAUCGCAUUAGUGAGCAAAAAGAAUGAAGGAUUUUGAAUUAGUAAGUUCUCUCCUGUUGCUUCAAGAAAGCGUCACAUACUGGGUCUUGCCUCGAUGGAGCAGGGCGGAAUACGUUGGGAAGAAAACAACUCUAGAAGUCACGAAGGUUCCGAGUCUGCGAUACUGAUUAGCCAAACGUUUGGUGACCUUGCUCGCCUGACGAUUUUGUUGUGGGUGAAGCCAGGCGUGCGAUCUUGUGACGAUCUAUCAAAUUUGCAUGUUGGCGUCUCCAGGGCGCGUUAGGAAUGUAAAGCAAAGCGUCGCAAGAUGGUCGCCCAUUCCGAGAUUCUUUUAUCCAAGUGUGCUCAGUUUCGAGACGAAGGUCAAUUCAUCGACGUUCGUUUAAAAGUGCGUGAAGACAUCUUUCCAGCUCAUCGCAUUGUACUCGCUGCGAAUAGCGAUUAUUUCCACGCCAUGUUUACUGAUGGAAUGAAGGAGUCAAACCAGAAAGUCAUCGAACUGAAAGAUGAAAGUAUUUCACCUCAUGCUUUCAAGAUUGUAAUGGACUCCAUCUACACUGGAGAUCUUUGCGUCAAUGAGGAAAACGUGUUUGAAGUUCUUGCCGCAGCUGAUCAUCUUCAAGUCACAACUGUUGUUCAACAGUGCUGUGAUUUCUUAAAGAGGGAAUUUAUUCAGCUCCGACUUGACCUUCACAACUACUGUCUGCUUUCCACGGUGGCCGAUAGACAUGGUCUGGGAGAUCUGCAAGAGGCAGCGGAGAAGAAGAUGGCUUCGAUGUACGUGGAUGUCUGUGAAAGCGAAGAAUUCCUUUCUAAUGUUGGUGGAGACCAAUUAUUUAGCCUCCUUAGCCGCGAUGACCUCAGCACACCUUCGGAGACGUUCGUCUUCAAAUCAGUGAUGCAGUGGAUUAAACACAAGAAGGAAGAGAGGAUGGCAGUUGCAGCCAAAGUUAUCGGAGCUGUUCGUCUGGGGCUGGUGGAUAUUGGGGUUGUGAUUGAUGAACUGGACACAGAGGAAAUGCAACGGGAUCCAGAGAUUCACAUGCACUUCCACGAGGCAUUAAUCCAUAGCUGCAGGCCUUCUCGUAAUCCCAAGUUUGCUGUGGAGAAAACAAAAACACGAGAAACUAGCCCGGUUCUUCUUGCAGUUCUACCGCAGGCUCAAAUGGUGUAUUUUGAUGUUGAAGCGAAAAAGUGGAAACCUUUGGCAUCCACAACACCGGCAAUUGAUGCAGCGAACUGUUACUGUGCAGCGUCUGCUGGUAAUGACUUGUAUGUUGCUGGAAUUGCAAGGUGUUACCUUUUAUAUCGUUAUGAUACAGAAGGUAAUGUGUGGGAGAAGCUGUCAAACCCAUGCGGUAAAAUAAACAAUUUAUGUAUUGUAGACGAUUACAUGUAUGCAAUUAGUUCUGACUAUAAUCAGGUCCCUCAAAGGUAUAGCUUUUCUAAGUGUCGCUGGCAAACUUUUGCUUAUGUAAGUAUUCCAUGUAAUGACAGGUUUUAUUGUAGCGGAGUAGUAGUACUUCACUCAAAGCUGUAUGUCCUUUAUGGACGAUUAUUCUUUUCAAUGCAAUCGUGGUCAAUACAGAAAGCAGUGCUACACUGCUUUGAUCCAGAAAAAAACGAAUGGAAAGUAAAAGCAACAACAUGUCAGCAUCACUUUGGAUCCAGUCUUCUUGUUGUAAACAGUAGACUUUAUGUAGCUGGGGGUUAUGACUCUAUUACGUCAAAUGGAAGCCUACAGGGGAACCCUGGACCUGUAGAAGUUUAUGAUGAGGUAAAAAACGCUUGGUCAGUUAUAGAACAAAAACACAUUCCCCCAAACAACCGUAAUGCAGUGGAAAUAGAAGGGAAGGUUUACUUUAUAAUAAACAAAUUUCCAGUUGACAGUGGCAUGAGAAUCCCACCAGGAGAGCUGUAUCCUGUUUAUUUGGGUGAGUGGGAAAAUUUAGCAAAAAUUGCCAAUACUGCUGUUCUUUGUUAUCUGCGAGUAAAGCGGGAGAAUUUGGAAUAAGAGUGAGAAUGAUAUUUUUACUCACUUUAAAUAUCACAUUUACACAUCAAAAUAUACGAGAAUUUUCUUGUAAGUAAGUUGCGCAUGGUUCAAUGCAUGAAUUGCUAAUGAAGGAAAAAAAUUGCGAGCAAAGCAGGGAGGGAAUGAAGCGAGCAAAAACGUAAAGGUCGGGUAGGAGCUGAAAAGAAAGGAAGACUAGUUCCCUCUCCUGUCUCGAUCUUUCAGCCAAGCCGCUUAUGAAUCUCCUUCCUUGCUUAGCACUGUUUGUUUUUUAUUUAAACCUUUAGUAGUUAAUAUUGAAAGCCUGAAUUAAAUUUGUACAAAUUUAGAGCGGUUUUCAAUUGGGUGUCAUGAAACCAAAACCAAAGGAAUCACCCUGUUCAGUCACAAGAGACACAGAGAAUCGAAUCAACCAAUUAAAACUCGAAGUAAAAACAUGUAGCUGACGCGAAGCACGGGAAAACGCGUCUGAGCGAGUCACUAUUAAUUUGGUUUUACUUCGAUUCUGAUUUGAUGAGAAAUUGGCCCAAGUUUUUUUAAGCCCAUAGUGCAAGUAGCGUGGUGAAACCUAUUACUUUUCGACACUCAAGCGAAAACUAAUUUAGCUUUAAACUCGCAAUGACAGAUUUUCAAAGAUUCCGCUACUGACCGUGUGAGGAGGUCCGUGUGAAAUACAGAAAAUAAGAUACAUUCGUUACAUAAUAUUUUUAUAAAGGUUGAGACAUUCUAGAGACAUUGGAGGCUGUUAUCAGUAAUAAGCUACGUAGCUUUAGCACUAUACAUGUGCAUGUAAUAUCUUCAGUUUUCAAGAACUGAAUGACAGAACUUUUCUCAAAUUCUAAUGUUAAUUUUUUAUCUUGUUAGCAGUUUAUACCAGUAAAUCUAGAAAAAAUUACAUUUGUUCUAAACUGAAGGACUUUGUCUUCUUUAAACGCCUUGUGAAACUAUAGAUUAAAGCUAGACAAAGUUUAAUAAAUUUCUUUUUGAACCUUUGA